AAGAUUUCUUCCAUGUUUACAGAACGCUUGUAAAUUGCAUGGUGAAGAUGUAACAAAGCAGCAAACAGUUGUAAGAUAAUUUUAUCACUUCACCCCUACAUGAUUAGUGACUGAUGCUGCACCAGUAUACUCUUGUAUGCAUUGAGUCUCACCGAUCACCCAUCACUACCUUUACAUUGAGGUGAAUCUUGCAGGUUUCUAUAGAUGGAGAAUUACACUAAAGGAGAGGUACAGGAGGUCUCCAUGGCCGUACCAUUUUCGCUAGAUAAUUCUGGUGUGGAGAUGAAAGUUUCAGCAGGAAGCAAGCUCAGGAAUCUACUUGGAUAUUCUAUGAAAAAAAUCAAGGAACCAGAAGUAAAACAGAUGACGUGGAAUGCAUCAGGACCAGCCAUACCCAAAGCAAUCUCAUGUGCAGAGAUCAUGAAGAGAAAAAAUAAGACACUACAUCAGAUUACAAAGCUUGUGAACAGAAGAGUAGAAGAAUACUGGGAACCAAAGGUUGAGGGACUAGACAGACUGAAGGUGAACAGAGAUAUACCUGCCAUUUCUAUCCUCCUGUCCAAGGUACCAGUGGACACCACUGAUCCUGGGUAUCAGGCUCCAGGAUAUGUUGAUGUCUUGUGGACAUCAUCAUCACAACAAAGCAGUACAUCCUCACGCAAACAUGGCAGGGAUUCAGGCCAGCAGGGAUCAGCAACUGGCAAACGCCAACGGAAAGGCAAAAAUCAAAGGGACAACAAAAACAAACCUGGAGGUGUUGGAGACAAAACGUGAACAUACAGUUGUCAGGCUCGGAGACACGUGUUGUACAGUUGGAACGUAGUAACACGAAGGAAGUGCAGAAAAAGUGGUAUUCAGAUAUAGGACAGCUGAAGUGGACAAACCCGAUUAAAUGUGAUUCUGUGUGGUGAAAGGAAAAUUCCCAUUUAUAGGAGCUCGAGAGUCUCAACUCCUUCAAUACCUUUUGUAUCACAUGAUCACAUUAAUACUUCAGAGACUUGAUUUAUUCACCACCUUUUUAACAGACUGAGGUACGUGUUGUGUCAUUUGACUGUUGUUGCAAUCUUAAAGUGUUCAAGUUGUUUAUAGACAUGAUAUAGUUAAGAAGUUGUUUUACAAUAAAUUUGUUGUUU